UACGCCCUCUACUCAAUGUCCCGGAAGUCAUUGCGGCAUUCGUGCUGUGUGUAUGUGAGGAAGAGACAGAGGGAGAGAGAGAGGGGGAGAGAGAGACACAGAGGAAGAUUUAGGAAUUCGUCUUCAGACUUCAGACUACGCUGUUACAAAAUGAUGGCCUAGCAGUCCAGCUAGCUGCUAGUGUUUCCUUGUGCAUUAGUGUGUGCUUUGGGUUAUGAGCAGCGGGAAGGCGCAUCGCUACAACCGAUACUCAGGUGGAGCAGCAGCAGCUGCCACAGCAGCCAUCCCCAGUAGCCCCUCCACCCCCCCAGCUGACUCCAGCACCGGGCAGAGCAAGAUGGAGGCCUCAUUUGGCCCUACCUUCUCAGCCGUGACUGCUGGAACUAAAGAAGGGUCCAGCUCCUACAAACAACAUAGAAGAACUCCCUCCUCCUCCAGCACACUAACCUACUCCCCCCGAGAUGAAGAUGAUGGAAUGCCUCCUAUCGGUACACCUCGGAGGUCAGAUUCAGCCAUCUCGGUCCGAUCUCUUCAUUCCGAGUCCAACAUGUCUCUGCGCUCCACUUUCUCGCUACAUGAAGAGGAGGAGGACACUGAGCCCCAGGUUUUUGCUGAACAACCCUCAGUAAAACUGUGCUGCCAGUUGUGCUGCAACGUCUUCAAGGACCCUGUCAUCACCACUUGUGGGCACACCUUCUGCAGACGAUGUGCCUUGACUUCAGACAAGUGCCCAGUGGAUGCAGCUAAGCUAACGGUUGUGGUGAACAACAUUGCUGUAGCCGAGCAGAUCGGAGAGCUGUUCAUUCACUGUAAAUACGGCUGCAGGGCCACAGCCAGUGGUGCAGGCGGGGCUGCGGCCUCCACUUCCACAGUGGCUGGGAAACCUGGAGCGUACGAGGUGGACCCACUGGGCUGCCCCUUCACCAUCAAACUGUCUGCACGCAAAGAACAUGAGGCCAGUUGUGACUACAGGCCAGUCCGUUGCCCCAACAACCCAUCUUGCCCCCCACUGCUCACCAUGAACCUGGAGGCUCACCUUAAAGAAUGUGAGCACAUCAAAUGUCCACACUCCAAAUAUGGCUGCACCUUCAUUGGUAACCAAGACACUUAUGAAACACACCUGGAGGUGUGUAAAUUUGAGGGUCUAAAGGAGUUUCUGCAGCAGACUGAUGACAGGUUUCAUGAGAUGCAGCUGACUCUGGCCCAGAAGGACCAAGACAUUGCUUUCCUACGCUCCAUGUUAGGCAAACUGUCUGAGAAGUUAGAUCAGCUAGAGAAGAACCUGGAGCUCAAAUUUGACGUGCUGGAUGAGAACCAGAGUAAACUGAGUGAGGACCUGAUGGAGUUUCGCCGAGAUGCCUCCAUGCUUAACGAUGAGUUGUCCCACAUCAAUGCCAGACUCAACAUGGGAAUCCUGGGCUCAUACGACCCCCAGCAGAUCUUCAAGUGUAAGGGGACAUUUGUUGGCCACCAGGGUCCCGUCUGGUGUCUGUGUGUCUACUCUACAGGAGACCUGCUCUUCUCUGGAUCCUCAGAUAAAACGAUCAAGGUUUGGGACACUUGCACCACUUACAAGUGUCAGAAGACCCUUGAAGGUCAUGAUGGCAUCGUACUGGCACUGUGUAUCCAGGGAAACAGACUGUACAGUGGCUCUGCAGACUGCACCAUCAUUGUGUGGGACAUCCAAACCCUGCAGAAAGUCAAUACUAUCCGUGCCCACGACAACCCAGUAUGCACACUGGUCUCCUCCCACAACAUGCUGUUCAGCGGCUCCCUCAAGGCCAUUAAGGUGUGGGACAUCGUAGGUACGGAGCUAAAGCUGAAGAAAGAGCUGACCGGUCUGAAUCACUGGGUCAGAGCGCUCGUGGCCUCCCAGAACCACCUGUACAGCGGCUCAUAUCAGACCAUCAAGAUUUGGGACAUCCGGUCUCUGGAGUGUGUUCACGUCCUGCAGACCAGCGGGGGCAGCGUUUACUCCAUUGCCGUCACCAACCACCACAUUGUCUGUGGCACUUAUGAAAACCUCAUCCAUGUGUGGGACAUUGAAUCUAAAGAGCAAGUGCGGACCCUAACAGGUCACGUGGGAACAGUUUAUGCUCUGGCUGUCAUCUCCACCCCUGACCAGACCAAAGUGUUCAGCGCUUCCUACGACCGCUCACUCAGGGUGUGGAGCAUGGACAACAUGAUCUGUACACAGACCCUGCUGAGACACCAGGGCAGCGUAACAGCUCUUGCCGUCUCCAGAGGGCGCCUCUUCUCCGGAGCUGUCGACAGCACCGUCAAGGUGUGGACAUGCUAAGAAAACGGUUUGCACUCCAGUCGGUGAACGGUAACCUUUCCACGUGAUUUCCUUCUCCACAGCUGUUUAUUUGAUUGUGAUUUAACAGCCACAGACUAAUAAUAACCGCCACCUCACAAUCAAACUGCAUCAGGACUAUUUUACCAAGCGUUGCUUUUAAAAGUUCAAACUAACUCUCUGACACCUGGAGCUGAUCGUCAGGGUGGAGGUUCAGCUGGGGGGGGGGCACGCUCCUCAUCGGCGCUGCGUUAAGGGAGCAAAAAUCAAACAAGCUGCCUUACAGUUGCACCGCACUGCACCAGAGCCGACGCUGACUGGACGCUGCAUCCCCGUAAUCGGAGCAGAGAAUCAACAGAGAUGGUCCUGCCUGCUCCCCGUGGACACACCUGCCAUUUAAAAACUCUGCUCAUGAUGCCUAAUGAAUACUGUUCAAGUAAGCGUAAGGGCUGGUUUCAUAAGCGAGCAGCGACACCACACUCACUACAAAUGUUCAUUCAUCAGGACAGAGACGAGACAUUCAGAUGUGGACGAGGUUCAUUUUGCGAAUGUGUGAAGGUUUCUUGGACUCCUACCCAGAAAUUUGCUUCACACAAGAAGAAAAAAAAAUCUGAUGUGUUUCUCAAAGACAUCAGGAAGUGACAGCCUGAUGAUAAUGAUAGUAGCAGGAAUUCAGAAGCUAAAGUACCAUUGAUUUGGUCUUCUGUUCGGAUCUGAUAUCUCUGUUUCAGUUUAUACGGUGGCCGAUAAGUAACAGGAAAAACUGCAGUACACAUACAUUUGCAUAGAUUGUCCAUUAGCGCGUAGACAGUGUUAUUUUCAUGCUGUAAAACAUCCCCCUCGUUCCAUUAUCCCAAUCUCUAACAAGAUUGUUUAUUCAUGUCAAAAAAGAAAUAAUAUCGUCAAAUAAGUCGUCAGACUUCUCCACCUGCUCAUAAUUUUCAUGAUGAGCACAAAGAAAAAAUCUGUCGUCAGUCAGAAGAUAGUAAGCGGGUCAGCGUGUGGAUUAUCACUGAUACUUUCGAAAGUGAGAAACGGUAAAAGCAGAAGUGUGCUGUGUAUUCUGACAGCUUAUUAUCUAAGAAUUGAAGUUGGCACACAGUAACGAUCCUCUUAAUAUUACAAUCAUCCUGUUUCUACCUGGCUGUCUUCACUUAGAACUUAAAAUCCACUAAGUUCUUAUUCAGACUGCUGGCCUGGAUCCGUGUUUUGGUGUGUCCAUAUUGGUUUUAAACAGUCUGGAAAGCAAAAAACCACAUGUGAUCCGCUCAAAUCCUGAGUGACAUGUGCAUCAGAGCGGCAGAGCUGAAUCCAUGCAGCUGCGAGCAGAGUGACAUGCAGGACGACACAAAUAAAAACAAACACACAGUCUGCUCCACGAUUUGAUGGGAUCAUAGAGCUCCAUUACUCAUUUCAUUGUUACCACAGCAACCCAUGCAGAUAAAGUCUCAAUUUAUAACAUUCAUAAUCAGUUAUUUCUUUGGUGAGUUCUUUGUGACACCAGAGAACAAAAAUGCACAUAUAAGAAGCAUUAAAGUGCUGCAGUAGUUACCACAAUUUGAUGUCUUCAUGUUGGUGCUUGUUCAUCAAUGAGUUGCCCACGAGUCCCCCUAACUUCAUGCCCACUGCUCUUUGAUCAACAGUGGGAACAUAAAACACAACAGUUUUCCUUCAGGCGUUUGAACUGCAACAGAGAAACACACGUGAAUUUUUUCUUCAGUUGGCACAGAUGAGAAAGGAAUGAGAAUUAAUGAUCCAUGAAAGGAUGACGAUGAACCCUGGAAAUGAAGUGUCUGCACUCUCAGACCCGCUAAAAACUGAACUAAAACCAAGUCCGGCUCUCGGUGCAGAUACUGGAUGGAGUAGUAACGCAUUGUGGUUGUCACCCAGCCGAGCUCUGUGAAACCAGCCUUUAUAAAAUAACUUUUAAUAAGUGAGGUCUUAAAAGAGAAUGACAGAUCUAUAGAUUUCCUGAGUUUUGUAUCAGUGCCAUGACAGAGCUGUAUUCAGCCACUCAAUGGUUGUACAGUUGUGUAAAAUAACAGAUCGUGCCGAGCCUGAACGUGUGCCCAUGAGAAUGAGACACAGAGACACACACACACACACACACACACACUGGGCCUACAUAACAGAGAGGGACAGGGAGAGACUAAGACGCUCUGUGUGCAUGUAUGUGUCUGUUAUUGUGAGUGUGUUUCAAUGAGUGCCAUAUGUGUGGAUGAAAGGAAAGACUGUAACGAUGUGUCUUUUUCUCCCCUCUUCCUGCCCCCACGCCCUCCAGAUCUCUAAUCUCAACUGGCUAGAAUGAAUAUAACUAAUUAACACUGAUUGUUGUUUUAUGACUGUAGCACUUGAUGGACUUGCAGCAAAGGGAAGCAGUGAUGUCUAAUUAACCUUAAGACUCACACAGGCAAAUGCAGAGAGAGUGCAAUAGAGCUGAAGUUAAGUCCUGCUUCCCUAAAUCAUGUUUCACAACCCAUAUUGGGUUGAAGUUAUGAGAAAUGACUAAAUAUGCCUGGGAGGGUAGAUUUAAUUUGGGCUAAAUUAGGCUUACACAGAUGCUCAGAAGUAUUUUGCCUUUAUUUCAGAUGCAGAUUGCAGAUCUGGCCACUAUUUACUAUAGCCUUGGUGAGAAGGGUAGUGAGGAAGAGGGGGACGCGUCUUCGCCGGUCACAGUUUCAGCGAUUUCUUGUAUACUUGUAAUCAUCUAAGCUUGAGUUGACCAUUGAUCAAUAAAACUGUUGUACACUUUGA